GCGGGACGGGGAGCGGGCGGGCAGGCGGGACGGGGAGCGGGCGGGCAGAAGGACAGCACCACCCACCUCACGGGCCGCUCACGUUCUCGCCUUCAGAGCCACCCCACCGCCCCCGCCCAUGGGUUGAGCGCGCUCCACCAAUGAGGCAGAGUGGGGCGAAACGGAGCGCGGAGCGGAUUGGCUGGAGCGACAGUCAAGUGCGGGGAGAGCGCGGCGCGGAUUGGUCGAAGGGACGACGAGGGUUAAGACCAAGGGGCAGCAGUCUGGGGAGAGGAGGUGUGGAUGUUGCUUUGGGAGUGGUGGGAAUUGCUGGCAGGACACCAUGGCAGCCCAUCGGGAGAAAAAAUCUGAAGAAGGAAAUCACAGAAGUGCCCGAAAUGGUGCUCACACUCCUCAGGCGCAAUGGGGAAGAGCAUGGGAGGUAGACUGGUUUUCCUUGGCAAGCAUUCUUUUCCUACUUGCAUUUGCACCACUUAUCGUGUAUUACUUCAUCAUGUCCUGCGACCAGUACCAGUGCUCUCUGACUGAUCCACUCAUCAACUUGCUCAUGGGGAAUAAACAUCUGUCUGACAUCUGGAGCAAGACUCCUUCACUGACUUAUACGGCUGCUGGCAUCUACACUGCUUGGGUUGCUUUCCAGGUGAUUUUGUAUGCGUUUGUUCCUGACUUCUGCCACAAGGUUCUUCCUGGAUAUGUAGGAGGUGUACAAGAAGGUGCUGUCACUCCUGCUGGUGUAGUAAAUAAGUAUGAAGUCAAUGGACUCCAAGCUUGGAUCAUUACCCACAUACUUUGGUUUGCAAAUGCCUAUUAUUUCCACUACUUCUCACCUACCAUCAUUUUUGACAAUUGGAUUCCACUCCUGUGGUGUGCCAAUAUCCUGGGAUAUGUGGUUUCCACAUUUGCAAUGAUUAAAGGCUACUUCUUCCCUACUAAUGCCAAAGAUUGCAAAUUCACUGGCAACUUCUUUUACGACUACAUGAUGGGGAUUGAAUUUAACCCUCGAAUAGGGAAGUGGUUUGAUUUCAAGUUGUUCUUCAAUGGACGCCCUGGUAUUGUAGCCUGGACUCUGAUUAACCUUUCGUAUGCUGCUAAACAGCAGGAGCUGUAUGGUCACAUAACCAACUCAAUGAUCCUUGUCAAUGUCCUUCAGGGUAUUUAUGUUUUGGACUAUUUCUGGAAUGAAGCUUGGUAUUUGAAAACUAUUGAUAUCUGCCAUGAUCAUUUUGGAUGGUACUUGGGCUGGGGAGACUGCGUUUGGUUGCCUUACCUCUACACUCUGCAGGGUUUAUAUUUGGUUUACCACCCUGUGCAGCUCUGCACAGCUAAUGCUGUUGGGAUCUUGGCGUUGGGCUUGGUUGGCUAUUAUAUCUUCAGAAUGACAAACCACCAGAAAGAUCUCUUCCGUCGUACCAAUGGCAACUGCAAGAUAUGGGGCGAGAAGCCCGACUACAUUGAGUGCUCCUACAUGUCUGUGGAUGGGACCAAGUACUACAGUAAACUGCUGACCUCGGGGUUCUGGGGGUGGGCACGCCAUUUUAACUACACUGGAGAUCUGAUGGGCUCCCUGGCCUAUUGUCUGACCUGUGGGUUUGAACAUAUCUUGCCUUACUUCUACAUUGUUUAUAUGACUGUUCUGCUAACUCACCGUUGCAUUAGAGAUGAACAUCGUUGUUAUAGCAAAUACGGGAAAGACUGGAAACGCUACACUGCUGCAGUACCCUACUGGCUCAUACCAGGGCUGUUUUAAGGCUGACACGGAAUCUGAGGGAAAUAAACUUUCUUUUAAAUGAAAAGAGCUUAUUCACACAGAUAAACUAACAAAAAUAUGUUGGAAAAGACACCAUUCUCUGGGGAACAAAAGAUGCCUGGAAAACUAUCCAUAAUGUACUAAGGGAACAUGCCCUGCCUGGUAAGCAGGCAGAUUGUUUAAAGAAAAUGAAACAAGGCACAGAAUUGGCCUUUUUAAUAGACAUCUGUAGAAAGAUCAGUUUUACCAGGAACUCUUCUUUCCUCUCUCAGAAGUACCUCGGAAUUGAAGAAAAGUUGCAUGUGUUUAGACUCCUGAGAUCUCUCCAGUGCUGCGAGUAGGCCUUCACUCUUCACAGCAGCCAAGUACUUGAAGCCAGUUACCAGUGAAUUAGAGGAGGAGGGAAAUAAUGGUGUGAUCGCUUCAGGAAAGGAACAGUAUUUUUGCUUGUGACAGUAAUAACCUUCAGUGGGUAAUGCUCUGAAGGAGGCUUCAGGUUUGCUUUUGAAGAGGUUAACCUGGGAAAUAUCUAAACUGGUGUUUCAGAAGAUUGGUGUAUACUGACUCACAGGUGGUUUGCGCAGGCUGAUGUAAAUUGGUAUGGCUCAAUAAUUCCAUUAGCACUGGAGAUACGUGGUCCGUGAGCAAGCGGUUAUUAUUGUGAUACUGAAACCAAACUUGAUUUUUGAGUAUAGGUUGAUUUCUUUACUGUGGAUAGAAAACUUUGUUCACUGUCAUUUUUAUCUAAAAUAAUGUUUGAUGUUUGUAAUAUUUUGAGAAGUAAUAGCUUAGUUUGAAGACAAGUAAGAAAAAU